UCCUGGGGCAGGGACCAAAAGCUGCCUUUGCUUGCAGAGGAAGAGGCAAAUGUUGAAAGAAGAGCAGUUCAGACCGCAGAGGGCUGGAGUACGGCAGCUUCAUUAGAGAAAGGAGAAGAAUCUGAAAGGAGCAGGAGAUGUUUGCCAUAGAGAUAGGUAAGAUCUGAAACACUUUCGUGCUUGGCUCACUGACUCAGUGGCUGUCACUAACAAAACCCACAGGUGUGGCUAGUUGAGACAGGUUUGUUGUGCCUGACUGCUCUAACCUGUGCAUUGCAGUGAGAGAAGCAAAGCAAGGAAGGAUCCAUUUGCUGUGAAUCUGAACAUCAGGUUGGGCAGAAGGCUUUUUCUCUCUCUUCUUCCCCCCCAAGGGGCUUCUCAUGGCAGGACAAACAUCCUCUUCAGACUGUUCUGAUCUCAUUGACCACAGCCACAUCCCUGAGUUUGAAGUGUCUCCUUGGAUUAAGAUCACUUUGGCCUCUGUGUAUGUCUGCAUCUUCGUUGCGGGCAUCCUGGGCAACAGCAUCACCAUCAAGGCCACCAGGAUCCUGCAGAAGAAGGGCUACCUGCAGAAAGAGGUCACAGACCACAUGGUGAGCCUGGCCUGCUCUGAUCUGCUGGUCAUCCUGCUGGGUAUGCCCAUGGAGUUCUUCAGUGCCAUCUGGAGCCCCUUUUCUACUCCCAAUGGCAAUGUGGCUUGCAAGCUCUACUACUUCCUCUUUGAAGCCUGCAGUUAUGCCACUGUGCUGCAUGUUGCCACCCUCAGCUUUGAGAGGUAUGUGGCUAUCUGCCACCCCUUUAAGUUCAAGGCUGUCUCUGGACCCCGCAAGGUGAAGCUGCUCAUCGCUUUUGUCUGGGGGAUGUCUGUCAUAGUAGCUCUGCCUCUGCUCUUUGCCAUGGGCACAGAAUACCCCUUGGAAGCUAUUGAGGGCUACCAAGGUAUGACUGCCUGUGACAAGCCUAUGUCCAGGCACCACCUUCCUGAUCUGAAACACAAUAUGACCAUCUGUACCAGCCUCUCCUCCAAGUGGUCUGUCUUUCAGGCCAGCAUCUUCAGUGCCUUUGCUGUGUAUAUCAUAGUUCUUGGAUCUGUCACGUUCAUGUGCCACAGCAUGAUGAAGACCCUGAUGAUCCACAAGGAAGGAACUGUGGCAGUGAAGGGUGGACUAAAACACCAGGAGCAGUACCUAAGAAAAAGUGAGAGCUCAGAGGGCAAGAGCUCCAGGAGACAGAUCAUUUUAUUCCUGGGACUGAUUAUUGCAACUCUGGCUGUAUGCUGGAUGCCAAACCAGGUUAGAAGGAUCAUGGCUGCUGCUAAACCAAAGCAGGACUGGACCGUCCCCUACUUUAGAGCAUACAUCACUCUUCUUCCCAUUGCCGACAUCUUCUUCUACCUCAGCUCGGUGGUGAACCCCCUCCUGUACAACAUCUCUUCUCAGCAGUUCCGCAGCGUGUUCCUGCAGGUCCUUCGCUGCCACCUGACCAUACAGCAUGCCAACAAGGAGAAGUUUCUCAGAGCAAACCAGAGCUCCAGUGCAAGGAGCAGCCGGUCUCUGCGCCCACUGCUCUUCAUGUCGUCUAGGCGCAAUUCUUCUAGGAGGAGCAAUAACAAAGUUUUCUUAAGUACUUUUCAGAAUGAGACCAAGCCUGACUGCAGCCUACAGGAACCAGCACCUGAACCACAGCAGUCCAGCUUGGAAGUAGUGCCUUUAGAGACUAGCUUAGAGCCCAGCGCAGAUGCACCAAACGGCCUUUGUGAACAUCAAGUAUGACUUCAUAAGGCAAAGUUAAUGAUUAGCAAUGAACUUAAAAACAUGGAAAUCAAAAUGACCAAGGAAUUAACUACAUCUUAAAAGGAAUAACAUAGGUGGAUUUGUUUCCAGUUAUGCAACAAAAGCAGAGUUCUGUAUCCUGCUGAUGGGAUUUUUAAGUGCACCCUGGAAAUUCAAUCUGCUAACUGAAUUCAUUAGCUGCCAAAAAUAUCAGCCCCU